CCUUGACCAUCUUUAGGAUGUGGGGCCCUCUGGCUUUUCUCGUUUAUGCCGCCAUUAACCAGCACCUCGUAGCGUUUCCUGACCUGAAACUCCUCCCGGCCCCCAAAACAGGAUGCUGACGACGUCGCGCUGUCGGUGUAGUGCCACCAGUACCAGCCGCGGAAGACGAAGACGGAGAAGAGAACGCCGGAGCUGCGCCGCGGACAAUCCGAAGGCAUGGCAUCAUGGAAUUCUUCGAGAACCAAGUUGGCGAGGUGCGAUACCUGACCACUCUGACUGAGACCCCAGCCUCGGUACCACCGGCAUCCCCAGACUCCCAGCAACAACAGAGCAGCGCCGCCGCCGCCGCGCCGACGAGCGGUGGCGCCAAGAGGAAGAACAGCGUCGACGAAUCCCCGCCUCCGAAGGGCCCUCAGCAGCGGAGCAAGAGAAACAGAUACAUCUCCAUAGCCUGCAACGAGUGCAAGCGGCGCAAGAUCAAAUGCAAUGGCGAGACGCCGUGUCAACGAUGCGGCAACCUCAACCUCCAGUGCCUCUACACCCCCAAUUGCUGCUCCCACUCCUUCAAGGACUCGGACGACUUCAAGCACAUGGUCACCAAGGUCAAUCAGCUGCAAGAGCAGGUCGACGCCCUCUUCGCCAGCAUGAACGCCCUGAGGUCCGAGGCUCUGCGCUUCGCCCCUAUCCAAGACCGACCGCCCGCGCUGCCCUCUGCCUCGAGCACUCCGUCGACCUCCUCGAUCCCUUCCAUCACACCCGCGUACCGAGCUGCCGAUGUGCCCCACCCGCGCCAUCCCGGCUUCCGAGGGCCCACGAGCGCCCGGUUCAAUUUCGAUGUUGCCAAGAAUACCCUUCACAAGAUGGGCUACAGCAACCCGUCCGACAGCGGUGACCCCGACGGCCUCACCCAAGACACCCCGGCCCCGUCUCCGAACCAGCCGGCGCAGCUGCCGUCAUUGGCGACGGCCCAGUCCGUCCCGCGAGACCCGCUGUGGGAGUUUGACAAGGACGAGUUGGUGCGUCUAUGCCGGGUGCACGACGAGGAGGUCGGCCUCAUGUAUCCCGUGGUUAAGAUUGAGUCCGUCAUCCGCCACGCCAGGUCCCUGGCCUCAUGGAUGGAGGCGUCCAGGAGGAACUUUGUGCUUUCCACGUAUGGCGACGAAGUUGGCAUCCGGGACCGAAAUACGCUGCUGCUCAAGAUCAUCGUGUGCUGCGCCUUGCAGGUCGAGGAGCACGGGAAUAGCGAGAAGGGCCAGAGGCUGUUCAGUAGCGUCCGGCCAAUAAUGGACAGAAUAUUGAUGUCCGAACCCAGUGAUGUGAAGAACAUGCCGCUACUAGCCCUCACGGCCGGUUAUUAUUUUCUCGCCAACGACGAGAUUCUCGCCUGGCGGACGAUGGGUCAAGUUACCCGUCUCUGUUUCGAGCUCGGCCUUCACCGACGCGACGCGAUCCGACAGAUCGGCGACGAGGAAGAGCGCAAAAAUGCAACCAAUACCUUCUGGGCCGCCUACGUAUUGGACCGACGGUGGGCGUUCGGCACCGGCUUGCCGUAUACCGUUCCGGACGUCGAGAUUGAUCCCCAACUACCGUAUCCCGACUCGCACCCCUACCUCAUUGCCAUGAUCAACUACUCGAAGCUAAGCGAACGGGUCUGGCGGAUCGUCCGAAACUUCGAACCGAAUGCGGCCCUGGGGGUGCGGCCAACCGACAUCGAAGAACUCGACUGCUCGAUAAAACAGUGGUACACCGAGGUGCCCCGUGAAACCCAGCUCGAACUAGCCAACUGGGAAGCGUUGCCUAGAUACCUCAACCCUCCCGUGCAUAUCCAAAAGGAGUACGAUAUUCAGCGGCUACAAAUCUGGACGUAUCUCCGCCUCAAUCAGAUCCGGACUUGGCUCUACACCCCGGUCUUGCACACCCACAGUAGCAUCAUGGAGAACAUGCAGUUCGCGGAGCGUGUUGUCAAGCUCGCCAAGAAUACUAUACGCUACUUGACGCACUUGAACAAUACGACCAAUAUCUACCGGAAGAUACAGGUCUUCUAUCACCAGUUCCUGUUGUCGGCCAUUUCCGUUCUCUUCCUCGCCUCCUGCCACGCCCCGGUCAACUUCAGCGCAUCCUGUCGUCACGAAUUCUACAUGGCCCUCGAGCUAGUGAAGGACUUGUCGUCCAAGUCGUGGGUGUCGCAGCGCCUGUGGAGCACCAUCAAGUCUCUCCGAGAAGUGGCACCCCGUCUGGGUCUGGCUCAGGACCCCCAUUCGACGGCUGCGCUCACGAAGGCCGUACUUGCAACGGAACAGGCGAGAGCUGUCCCGCCAAUGGGCCACGGCUAUGGCUCGCAGCCAUCGCCCAUGUCGGGGGAGCCCGCGUCUUUCAGCGGCGUCCAGAACGGCCAUCACAUGUCGAGCGAAAUGUCGCGAAUAUUCGAGGGCUACAUGGGCCAAAACAAUAGCCAGCUGACCCCUACCGAUGUUCCCUCGGUGGAUGACGACGAUGCCGCACCUUACGGCAUGGGGAGCAAUGUAUACCAGCACUUCAGAGCCAUGUUUUAAAUGAAUCCCGUGUCGUUCGUCUCUGGGUAUCCAGCCGUUUGCUGACCCACCCCCUGGAUAGCAUGGCAGACGGGGACCGCACAUAUGAGCGCCCAUUUCCCGCUACGGGAUAUGAGGGUUCCCAACCAGUUAUACUU